AUGUCCACCGUGGCUACCCGCCUAGAGUCUCGCAAGUCGCUCCUUGGAGCCGACGCUGGCUUCGGCUACGGUCAUUCAUACAACAACUCCUACGGCGACGGCAGCUUCGCUCCAUCUCCAACUCCUUCUCCUCAGCCCAUUCCUCAGCCCGCUGCAUUCGCUCAGCCUGUCGAGCCCGCCUACAACCAGGGAUUCGCUUAUCGAGAAGGUCUUACUCCUUCUCUUCCCGCAACAAGCAUGAAGAAUGGCAAGAUAGAUUUCAUGAAGAGCCGAUGGCCGGCCUGCUUCAUGGCUGUUUCCUUACUGCAGGCCGUCCUCUGCAUUUGUUUUGAGGCUUACAUCUUUGGCAAGUUCCAGAUCAACCUUGGUGCACAUAACUCCGACCCCAAAGUCCAGUCUCAAUACAAGACAAUUCCUACCUUCUUGACGCUUUUCAUUUUCGGUUUCCUGUAUACACUGGUUGUCGUAUGGGAUGCUCUCCGCCAAAAGAACACUAUUCAAGUCAUUGGUGUCUGCUUCUCUAACCUCGCCCUCAUGGUUUACACCACUAUCCAGGUGGAUCAAAUUUCCGAGGCCUUUGAUAUCCUUCAGGCGAACAACGCUCUUUCGCCAGACAUCACCGCGGCACAACUCUGGCACGAUGUCAAGCCGUACCUUGUCGCCAUUCCAGGCAUUAUCGCCUUGGCUACCCUUGUUAUGGGCUUCCUUUCUUGGAAAAUCUACCAAGAGUACGCAUGGGAUAUUCUCAAGAACAUUGGUGCUGAUUAUCGCAUGAAGAAGCGAUUCCUCCACUACCAGAUUUACAUCGCUCUGCUGAAAUUCGAUUUCUUCUUCUUCCUCGGUUUCAUUGUCCAGUUCGUCGUUGUCGUCGCCGAUAAGAAUGAUCCUGAAUUCGCCCUGACCAUUGUCACCAUCCCCAUCACCAUCCUCAUCCUUCUCCUUGCCGCUUUCUUCACCCGCCGAGAGAACAAGAUCGGUAUGGUGUGUAUCAUCGUCCUCUAUUUCGGAGGUCUAAGCUACUUCAUCUUCAAGCUGGUCCGAAUUUACCAGCCUGGACACAAGCAAAACUAUGAAGCCGUUCGGCGAUCAUUGACCGCCUUCGCCGUCAUCACCAUCCUCCUCAUCCUCCUUACCAUUACCAACGCCAUUGUGUGCAUACGGAACUUUGGUAAGGGCCUGAAGCCCCACCUCCAAGCUUUGUCUCGAAAGCGCAAGGUUGAGGAGAAGCCUGACGUCAACUCCAUCAACAUGCAGGACGUCAAGCCUCAGAUCCCCAGCCGUAUGACUAUCGAUUAA